GUGAGGUCUGCUGGGAGUUAGAAGCACUUCCUCUCAGAAGGGAACCUGCAGCCACUUAUCAAAUUCCGGUUAAUAAUUAAGGUCUCAGGAGCUCCGGAGCUUCUAAAUCACUUCGGCUAUGGUAGGAAACGGCUAUGGCAGGAAAUGUGAAUGGAAGAGUUGAUGCAGUGCAAAAUGGGGGGCUGGCUAAUUCUGAGGGAACAGAGGGAACAGAGUUUUACCAUCUUCACGGCAGAAUAUGGAGGUCACUGUAUGGACUGUACCCCUACAAGUCAAGCAUGAUUGGGCUGGAGUCGCUGGCUGACCCCUCUGAUGAAUGGGACAUCAUAGAGACCAUUGGGAAGGGGACCUAUGGCAAGGUCUACAAGGUCAACAACAAGAGGAAUGGAAGUCAAGCAGCAGUGAAAGUCCUGGAUCCCAUUAAUGAUGUUGAUGAGGAGAUUGAAGCAGAGUACAACAUCCUGCGCUCUCUCUCUAACCAUCCUAAUGUGGUGAAGUUCUUUGGCAUGUUCUACAAGGCUGAUGACCUUUCUGGAGGGCAGCUUUGGCUGGUGCUGGAACUGUGUAAUGGGGGUUCAGUAACAGACCUGAUAAAAGGUUUGCUGAUGAGGGAGAAACGUCUGGAGGAGCCAGUCAUCUCUUACAUCCUCUGUGGUGCACUGUUGGGCCUGCAGCAUCUGCACAACAACAGAAUCAUCCAUCGUGACGUCAAAGGCAACAACAUCCUGCUCACCACAGAUGGAGGAGUCAAGCUGGUGGACUUUGGUGUGUCUGCACAGCUGACGAGUGCACGCUUGCGCAGAAACACAUCGGUGGGAACGCCUUUUUGGAUGGCUCCUGAGGUGAUAGCAUGUGAACAGCAGUUUGACUACUCGUACGAUGCCCGCUGUGAUGUGUGGUCUCUGGGUAUCACUGCUAUAGAGCUGGCUGAUGGAGAUCCGCCGCUGUCCGAGAUGCACCCUGUGAAAGCUCUGUUCAAAAUACCACGGUGA